GAAGGUAUUUAAGCUUUCACGAGUUCAGGAUCUACGGUUUCCAUAAAAAAUUUGGGUUAUGGGUAAGGUUUUUCGAUUUUGGGUUUAGGGCUUUGAAAAUAUAGCUUCUGGUGUUUGUUUAUAUGGUUUCAUGCUUUUGAAAUUGCUGAAUUGUAUGUGCUCUCAGUUGGGGACAAAUAAAGAAAUAAGUUUGGUCUGCCAUGUGCAAGGUGGUACUAAAGAAAUAGGGUUGGUCUGCCAUGUGCUUUCAAAUUUGACAUUACUUUCUGUGUUGUGGUCCUAAUGGGACCUAAUAUGCAAAGGAGGAUGACUGUUUUGGCUUUAUUCUGUUAACUUUGGUUGUUGUCGAGUUUAUGGCGAUACAAUGGUUGGUUAGGUUGUGUUUUUUUUUUUUUUUUUUUAAUUUUUUUUUAUUACUAGUUGGUUAGCUUUUGUAAAGGGACCUUUGCAGAGGAAAUUGGUUGUUGUAGACUUUAUGGUGAUUACGUUGUAGACUUGAUGGUGCUUACUAGUUGGUGUAAUGCUUUUGUAAAGGGAUGUUUGAAGCUAAAUUGUUUUGCCCCUUGACUUUUUUGCAGGGCAGCCGGAUUAUUUUACAAUAAAGGUGUUUCAUGGGGGCUGUAUAAGGGAUAACAAGUAUGUGGGAGGAAAGGUGAAUUUUUUUGACUAUGUGGAUAAGGACAAGAUGUCCCUCGUAGAGGUAGACAAUAUGGUGAGGCAAUUGGAUCCAACAUAUGAAGGGCAGAGAAUAGAUUAUUGGUAUAGGAUUGGUUCCGAGGAUCAAACAUUGACGAAGCUAAGUACUGAUCUGGAUGCCAUUACAAUGUGUUGCUGUGUACCUUCAAUUAGGUUGGUGUUACUGUAUUUAGAUCAUAUGGAGCUGCAUGGUGUGUAUGGGGACAGCUUGGAUGAAGUGUAUGAAAUGGAGGUCAUCUUUUUUAGCCAAGCAGAAUCUGGUGGGGUAGUUAUAGAGGAACUGCCAGAUAGCCCAAGAGAAAUACCUCCUAGACCAGCAAAGAGAAACGCUGGGAUAGUUAUAAGAGAAGUCCAGGAUAUUGUGCCAUUUCAACAGAUGAAGGCUGCUAGUAUUGGUCCGAAUGACAAGGGUAAAGAAAAGGUUGAUGAAAGGAGCAACCAAAACUCUAGCGGUAUCGACUUUGAUGAUCUGCACGAUAUAGACAUCCUAGAUUUCAUGCAAAGUUAUGGUGGACAAGGGUUUGAAGAUAAUGAAGAGGAUGAAGAAGAUGAUGGAUCUGAUGGGAAUAAUGAUGAUGACUAUAACCCUGAGUUGGAUGAUGAAGAUUAUGACCCUUAUGGUAUAGAUGAUGAUGAUGAUGAUGAUGUUGAGGGUAUGGAAGGAAGUCAAGGAGCAGAUGGUGGAAAGCAAACUGAAGAUGGUGUAGGAACAAGCAGUCAAUUACUUGUAUUGGGGAGCAGAAAUGCAUAUGCUGAUUUGGAAGACAAUGAGGACAUGUUUGCUAAUGUGGAUUCGGAUGAAGAGAGAAUGGGACCUGCCGUAAACUCUGAUGGGGAGCCUGAAGAUGAAUUCCCAGAAUUUAACCCGAAGACAGACAUGAAGAAACCUGAGUUCUGCAAAGGGAUGAAAUUUGCUAAUGUAAGGAUAUUAAGAGCUGCAUUGAGGGAGAAAGCAAUUCAAGGUGGCUGGGAAUACGUGUACCUCAAAAAUGACAAGCAAAGAUUAAGAGUGAUAUGCAAGGAGGAUGACUGCCCCUUCGAGCUUUAUGCAUCAAAAAUGCAACAUGAGAACACACUCAUGAUCAAGACAUAUGAAAGUGAGCACAAGUGCACAAGAAAGUGGAACAACACAAUGGUAAGGUCUAGAUACUUGACUGUAAAAUUCAAGGACAAGAUUCAGCUUAAUGAAAACUGGAACACAGGUUCUCUUGCCCAGACCAUGUCUACGAAGAUCAAGGCAAGGGUAUCAAAGCAAAUGGCCUAUCGGGCUAAAAGGGCAGCUUUGUUGGAAUUGGAGGGCUCUAUUAGGGAACAAUUUGCAAGGCUGGCAGACUAUGGCAAAGAGCUGCAGCGGGUUGACCCAGCAACCACGAUAGAUAUCAAGUGUGAUUUCUCACACUCAAGCAGCCAACCCAUUUUCAAGAGAAUGUACAUAUGUCUGGGGGCCCUUAAGAAUGGAUUCAAGGCAGGUUGUAGGGCUGUUAUAGGAUUAGAUGGUGCUCAUCUAAAGAGUGCUUUUGGAGGGCAACUCUUGACAGCGGUUGGGAUCGAUGCCAACAACACCACAUGGGUCAUAGCAUAUGCAAUGGUGGAGAAUGAGACUAAAGAUUCGUGGAUUUGGUUUCUGCAGUUAUUGGGAAAGGAUUUGGAUAUGAAUGAUGGUGGAGCCGGGUGGACAUUUAUAAGUGACAAACAGAAGGGAUUGAUGCCUGCUUUUGAUGAGGUGGUCCCCUUAGCACAUAUCAGAUUCUGUGCGAGACAUAUGUGGACUAACUUCACAAAGUUAUUUCCGGGGAAAGAGAUGAAGGACCAGAUGUGGAAGUGUGCUAAAGCAACCACAAUGCCUUUCUAUUUAAAAGAAAUGGAAGAUAUGAAACAGUUGAAUGAGAAGGCAUAUGAUUGGAUGAAAGAACCUGAAAGGCCCCCAAAACAUUGGUGCAGGGCUUUCUUUAACACUGCACAGCUGUGUGACAUUCUAAUCAAUAACUUGUGCGAGAGUUUUAAUGGAUGGAUAAGAGACGCUAGGGGUAAGCCACCUCUGUCCAUGUUUGAAGAAAUCCGGGUGAAGCUAAUGACAAGGAUUCAGCUUAGAAGGGAAAAAAUGCAAGCUUACCAUGGCAACAUUUGCCCCAAGGCAAGGAAAACACUUGAAAAGAAUAAGUUGAAAGCAGCUACAGACUGUAUUUCUACCUUCAAUGGAGGUCACCAAGCUGAAGUUGAGAACUUUGGUGGCUCUAAGAAUACUGUGGACCUGAAUCUAAGGACAUGUUCUUGUCGAAUGUGGGACUUGUCGGGAAUUCCUUGCAAACAUGCAGUCUCGGCUAUUUUCCUGAAGAGGGAGGACCCGGAUGAUUACGUUGCUGAAUGCUACCUCAAGAAGACCUAUAUGGCAAUAUACAGCAACCUCAUAAUGCCUGUUAAUGGUAUGGAUCUUUGGUUAAGAGGUGAAGGACCAGCAAUGUUACCUCCCCAAUAUACAAGACAGCCGGGCCGACCAAAAACAAAGAGGAUUAAAGACUCUUCAGAGAAAGCUCAGGGAUCUGGUACUAAACUAGGAAGAGUACAGAAAUCACUAAAGUGUGGCAAUUGUGGGGUCCUAGGUCACAAUAUUAAGACAUGCCAUCGGCAUCUGCCACCAAAGGAGAAGAGUUCUGCCCUUAAUAAAAGGAGGAAGCUAAACAACGGGGAGGGUUCUGAAACUCAGCAGACCAAGAAGGGAAAAAAAACAACCUUGACAAAGAAUGAAUUGAGGAAGAAAGCCAAAGAAACAGCCGAGUAUCAAAGGAAGAAGAUGGCUUCCAUGAAGGCCUCAAGAGCAGCAGGAACCAAAUCUGCCCCAUCAAGCUCAAGGAGUGUACCACCACCACCUGCCCCAACAAGGCCACCUGCCCCAACAAGGCCAGCAACAUCAGCAACUGCCAGUUCAAGGCCUGUACAAAGUUCUCAAGCAUCCAGCACCAAGGCUGCAAACUCAACUAGAACCUCGCAAAGAAUUAGACAAAACUCAGGUAGAGGAGGUGGGAAAUAGUUGAACUCCAAUUUCACAUUAGCAAGCCUUGCAAUUCUAUUUUGUACCCCCUUUUCGUGCAAUCUGUUGGUAUUUGCAAACUGAUGACAUCUUUUUGUUAGAUAUGGUGUUUGAACAGAUUAUGCGGAUAUAUUGUUGUAAGGCUCUGUGUUUUUUUGCUUUUGUCAAGUUAGAGCUGCAUUGUAGUGUUGUGUUCAUGGGUUUGCUAUUAGAUAAAAUUGGAUGGAGGACUUGGAUGUAUCUUUUGGUUAUAUAUGAACAUCAGUGGAUGCUUUUGAAUCUAUCAAUCUAUGAAUUUAUGUUGUUUUUUUUUUUUCUUUUGGCUGCCAAAAUUUAUGUUGUUAUGACCUUUAUGUUAUGAACCCGUGCUUCUUGUUGUUAGGAUGUCCUUUUCAAAACAUGUUCAGGUUCAGACUAAGCUCAAUGUCAUGACUUAGUCCUUUUUGGCAACUUAAUAAUGUUGCCCAAUCAUGAUGUGACACGUGGACCUUUGGGUUUUG